AUGGAGGAAUAUUUACUUAUAGCAGCAACUAAUUGGUUUGAUGGGUCAUCAGAAGAUGAUGCGGAGUUAUUAAGAGAUCUUCUUGAUAAUGAAUCACCUUUCUUUAUGUUACCUAACAUUGUAUAUUCUAGUCAAAAUGAAUGUGGUUUUUCAUCAGCGGAGCAACCAUUAACUCCGGUUAAUCCUUUAGUUUCGAAGGCUAACGUUCUCUACUCAGGGCCAACUAUUGGAGAUAUUGAGACAGUUCUAUCAUUCACAAAUCAUCACCAGCAGCAAUACAAUGAUGAAUCCAGUGAUAUGAGCAUCUCACGCAACGGGUUUUCGAUAAUAGAGAAGGGUUUAAGUAAGGUUGAUAAUAAGUAUACAUUGAAAAUCAAAAGUAUAUAA